UACUAAUCUCUGUGGAUUUGUCGCCUCUGAAUCAUCUUUUUCCAAUAAUCUAAUAGUACCCUUUUUCACUUCUCAUCAUUCUCGAAUCUCAAUAAACAGUCAAAUAUUGACUGCAAUUCUCUCAAAAAAUCCCCAAGUUUUCACUAAUCAAUCCCUAUAACCCCAUGAAAAUGUCUCCCAAAUUCUCCUUUUCUCUCAUUGUAUUAUCUCUAAUCUCUGUCCUCUGUGCAGCCGGAGACAGCAGCGUCGCCCGCGGCGGCGAUGACGGCGGAGGAGCGACGGUGGAGUUAUGGUGUGUGGCAAAGAACAACGCUGAUGAUGCUGCUCUACAGUCCGCUAUAGAUUGGGCUUGUGGGCCAGGUGGUGCUAGUUGUGGGCCUAUUCAGACCGGUGGGCCGUGCUACGACGCUUCCGAUAUCCUGCGAACGGCGUCGUUUGCCUUCAAUGAUUACUUCCUUAAACAUGGCAUGACCGAUGAUAGCUGUAAUUUCGCAAACUCAGCUGCUCUCACUUCUCUUAAUCCCAGUCAUAAUGGUUGUAAAUUUCCAUCGAGCUUGAGUAGGAGUAGUGGAAGCUUUAAUGGAUCAAUAACUACGGGGUUAGGUUCAGCUUCUGAAGAUAUAAGUAGCAGCACUUCUACACUCAGUAGUUGGAUUUUCGAGUUGAUGGCUAUUAAUCUGUUGUCCGCAACUCUACUAAUUUUGUGAGGUCAUACAAGUUUUAACUCCAUUGUUUGUACUGUAGAGUGUAAACAAGUUUUUCGUAGAGAAGUUCAAAAGCUCCAGGUUGCUGAUGUUGUUCCACGGGCUCUCCAGCAUUAAACAAUUGCACAUGUUUCUGGCUCCUCAUCAUCAGCUCCUCGGUUUGGACACUCGUCAAGAUCUAUAUCCAUCACAGGAAUAUAAUGCAUUCUUAUUUUUAGGUACAUUGACAAUAUUCGAUUCCUUUCGUAGCUAUAGUUAUCAUCAAGCACUGAUAAUGCCACUGGCAUUGUUGUUUGCUGAGAAUUAUGUAGUUGACGUCUCCAAGGUUGCCAGUAAAAGAGAUUAACUGGUGCAUUCGGGACAUAUCGUGGAUUUCCAUUGUUGUAGGGUAGAUGAUUAGGGUGUGACAUGUUUUGUUGGACUAAUAAUUGGUUGGAUUUUCUUGGUCUCAAUGUGGUAUUAGUGAAAUACAGUAGCAAAUUUGAUUCAAGGAAAAGAACCAGCAGCAGGUGGGAAAAUUAUACAAUAGAAUAGAGUGAUGAACAGAAAGGAUUUAGGAUUGAGGCUACUAUGUUUAUGUCUACACCUUAGAUUAUAUAGAAUUGAAGAAGAUAUGCCCAAUUUGACUGGGAUUCGGACGUGGGUUCUAUUGAAUGGUUACUUUCCUAGUU